AUGAAUUCAUUCUUCACCGAAAGUGCAGAGAGCAGGCCAGCAGCAGGUACAACGAUGUUGUCGCGAAGGCUCGGAUCAAGUGCUCGACAACUUCGCAAGGUUUCCACGUACAGUGGAUUCACAUCCGAGCAGUUCAUGAAGCAGCCUGCUAAUGAACCUAUUUUGGAGUACAAAAAAGGAAGCAGCGAGCGAGCCGAACUCGAGAAGGAAUUGGAACUGCUGAGCAAGGAGCCUACGAUUGUACCUGUCCGAAUUGGCAAGAAGAGUAUCACGGGUAAACUGGAUCGGAAGCAAGUUAUGCCAUCCGAUCAUCAGACUAUACUUGCUAAGUACACGUUCGCUACAGCUGAAGACAUCAAGGAAGCUAUCGAAGUGGGAUUGGAAGCACGCAAGACAUGGGAGACGAAACCUCUCAAGGAACGUGCCGACAUUCUUCUUCAUGCGGCAGACUUGUUAGCUGGAAAAUACCGAAUGAAAUGUAAUGCAGCCACAAUGCUCGGUCAAGGAAAGAACAUUCAGCAGGCCGAGAUUGACUCUGCAUGUGAACUCAUUGACUUCUUCCGAUUCAACUCGAAGUUUGCCUUGGACUUGGAAAAAUAUGAGCCGCUUAACACUAAGAUCAGUACUAACAAAAUGGUCUACAGGGGAAUGGAAGGAUUUGUUGCAGCUGUUACUCCUUUCAACUUUACAGCCAUUGGCGGUAACUUACCAUCUGCACCAGCUUUAAUGGGAAAUGUAGUCAUGUGGAAACCGUCUAACACUGCCGUUCUUAGUAAUUAUUUUGUACAUAAGCUGCUGGAAGAAGCUGGUAUCCCUGAGGGAGUGAUCUCUUACCUACCGUCAAACGGAGCUGUGUUUGGUGAUGCAAUCACGAGCAGUCCUCAUUUUGCGGCAAUUAAUUUCACCGGGUCAGUACCUACCUUCAAGAAAGUAUGGCAGAAUGUUGCUAAGAAUCUGGACAAAUAUGUCACAUUCCCAAAACUUAUUGGAGAAUGUGGUGGAAAGAACUUCCACUUCGUGCAUCCUUCUGCAAAUGCUGAUGUUGUGGCAGCAGGCACCGUACGUUCUGCAUGGGAAUACGGUGGUCAGAAAUGCUCAGCAUGCUCGCGAUUGUAUGUGCCAAAGAGCCGAUGGGAUGAGAUCUUCCAAAAAAUCAAGGAUAUCCAUAGCAAGGUCAAAGUGGGCGAUGUCCGCGAUGGCUCAAUAUUCUUGUCCGCCGUGAUUGACAAACCCUCAUUUGACAACAUCAAGAGCUAUAUCGAUUAUGCAAAGACUGGCGCAGAUGGAGCAAAGAUACUUCUUGGUGGAAAUUGCGACGAUAGCAAAGGAUAUUUUAUUGAUCCUACUCUAAUCACUGUCACUAACACGAACAGCAAACUAAUUCAAGAAGAAAUCUUUGGACCUGUACUCACAGUUUAUGUUUACGAAGAUUCAAAAAUAGAGGAAGUUCUGGCCUCUGUAAAGGAUCAUACUCCAUUUGGAUUGACCGGUGCCAUAUUCUCCGAGGAUAAGAAGUUCUUAUAUCAUGCACGUGAUGUGCUCCGCGAUGCAGUUGGAAAUAUGUACCUCAACGAUAAAUCCACAGGGUCUGUUGUUGGACAACAACCAUUCGGUGGAGCGCGAAUGUCCGGAACCAAUGACAAAGCCGGUGGACCUCACUAUGGAGUCAGAUGGACGUCGCCACUUUGCAUCAAAGAGACGAAUGUACCGCUCACCGAGUGGCGUUACCCACACAUGGAUUAAUUUCUUCUACAAAUCAGUAGAGCAUAUUAGUAGUUGCAUAGGAGCUUAGCUCUCACCAUAGAAAACUGGUAACCACUUCAUUAGCAUAAUUCAUACUAAACCCAUAGGCAUUGUUUUACUUGUUUUGUUCUUUUCUUUAUGUCCUCAGGAAUGUGCAAGCUCCUUCUAAAGCUUAGAACAGAUACAAAAUCUUGUAGUGCGUACUGCUGGAUCACGCAUUGUUAUUGUUACUCGUCACCAUGACUCAUUUUUGAAAUGUUGGCAAGUUUUAUUGAAGAGAGGUAUAAAGAAUUUCUGAACGGUC